AUGGGUGCUGUUUGUUGUAAAGGGGAUAUUGAUUUUGAUAGUCAAGUCUAUCUCGAUCAUUUCUAUCAACUACGUGCUGUGGGUCGAGGCUCGUUUUUCAAAGUUCGCAUAGUACGACACAAGCGUACCGGACGUGAAUAUGCCUUAAAGUACACGUCAAAGGAUCGUUGCAUUCAGCGCAAAUGUGUUGGACCCAUUUUAUGUGAACGACGCCUCUUGGAACGACUCGAAUACCCUCUCAUUGUCAACCUGCGGUAUGCAUUUCAAGAUGACGAGACUUUAUACAUGGUGCUUGAUCUCAUGCUGGGUGGUGAUUUACGGCACUUGUUGGAUACGAGCGGUCCACUCAAGGAACUCCAAGUCCGGUUCUAUGUUGCCCAAAUUGCAUUGGCGCUUCAUUAUCUCCAUCUCCGGCGUAUUGCUCACAGAGAUAUCAAACCCGAAAACAUCUUACUAGACGCACGAGGACAUGCUCACGUUUCUGAUUUCAAUGUGGCGGUUGGAUUCUCUCAACAAAAACCAUUACGUUUUACAACAGCGGGCACGAUGGCUUACAUGUCACCUGAAAUGCUUGGUAAACAAGGUUACAAUUACUCAGUCGAUUGGUGGUCUUUGGGUGUCACUGCCUAUGAAUUACUAUUUGGCAAGCGACCUUUCAAAGGCAAAACCAACGAUCAAAUGGCGGAAUCCGUUUUACACACUCCACUUGAAUUCCCUGCCAAUGUGUAUCAGAUUGUAUCAGCCGACUGUGUGAACAUGAUAUCAGGAUUACUCGAAAAGUCCCCCAACAAUCGACUUGGUUUCAAGAGUUUUGAAAAAUUCAAAUUGCAUCCAUGGUUUGCAGGUCUCGAUUGGGAUGCACUUGAAUCGAAACAAGCUGUACCGCCUUAUAUACCCAAUGAUAAGACUUUUCAUUUUGAUGCUGUGCAUGAAAUUGAAGAGAUGCUCUUGGAUGAUCCACAACCACGUAGUCGAAGAUUACGCACUUCACAAUCAGACCACCCACCUGUCACUGAGUACGCCCAAUGGAGACAAAUCGUCGAAGACCACUUUUUACCUUACGAUUAUACAAAACAAGAUAUGGUGUUUAGCCCGCCACCACCCCCUGCUACGUCUUCUUACAAUUAUACUGUGAUCAAGGCAGAUGACGAUGAUGGAUUUAUUUAUGAUCGUCCCCAUAACAAGAAAAUGUUAUCAUCCACAUCAGCCGCAUGA